AUGUUUAAUAGUUUGUCGAAGAGAUUGAUAGCAAAGAGAUUCCAGCUGAGCACAACACGAGCUUCAACUACCAAAGAGGCUCACCCUUUCCAAAACAAAUUCAACUUCAAUUUGAACCCACCACAAGUGCAUGAGUACUGGAACAUAUACAACACAAGUGUCCUUUUGGCAUUUAUCCCAGUAUUUUUAGGCACUGCAUUUAUUGCAAAGGAUAUUGGCUCUCAGAUACAAGGUUACACUGGCCUCUUGCAGUAUGCUGACGGAGAAAAGUCACCACUAAAGUCCAUCAAGUUUGAUGAUGCUAAAGAAAUUUCAAAAGAAUAA